AUUUUUAGCUAGAGAACGUGGAUCUAAAAUAGCAAUGCCAUUUUGAAACAGCCUGUAUAUAUUCCUGAAAAAAACUACAUGAAUUGUAUGUUUUCAACAAUAGCUCUGUCGAGCUUGUUGGUGCUUCAUAACGCUGUUUGUUAUUAUUAGUUUUUGAUAUACUGAAUUAAAUUCACCGAGAGAAUUCAAGUCCUCGUUGCAUGAAGAUUUUUGAUGGCAAUUAAUUCAUGGAAGUUUUAGAAUCUGGACCUAAUCAACACACCCGGAAAAAAAGUAACUGAAUGCUAACAACACUAUUUUAAACGGUGAUAAAAACUGAAAAAUCAACCGCGUACGUCUACUCUCACACCUAUUCAGAAAAGUUCAGAACAUAGUGCGCGCGUAUUGUUUCACACAAGUUUAUCCAGUAUAGUCGAGUAUAGUGAAUGAUACACAAAUUACAUUGUGAUUGUGAUACAUUGAAACGGUAAGCGCACCAAUCAAAAAUGAACAAUGUAGGUACAACAAUGUUAUCUAAGCACUCAACUAUCGUCGAGAUACGAGAUACAGAUAUAUCAUCAUAUGAGAUACAGAAACAUCUCAAUAUAUCGCGUUUAAUGUGUAUCCGCCAUGUGGGUGAAUUAAAUUAAAGUGCAGUGUAAAACAAAAUAUCGAUUUUUUAUUUUUGAAAAAAAAAAAAAUCAAACAAAAUUUUUGAUACAGUGUGUUUAGUGUUUGUUCGGUUGUGAAAUUAUCGUUUUACCCGAAAAUAAAAUGGGAUCAUCAAAUCACGUUGGAACGUCUUCAACACGUCUUGGUGCUACACCAAUGCCAAUAACAACAUCUUCAGCUGUUUCGACAUUGUUUCAUUAUAAUAGUAAUAGUCAUCAUCAUCGACAUUUUCGAUCAGAUGAUGAAGUUCCACCUGUAAUACAAUCCACGAAUACACCUGCAGAAAUGGUUGUAGCUCCACCACAUGAAGAUCUAGAGGAAAUAUUAAAAAAUAUUCCAUUCGAUGAUCUAUUUCGUAAGAAUGGUAGUGAAAUUUUCUCAAAAGAAAUGGAAUGUCAUAUGCAAGCGAUACAUCAUGAAUCAUUACAACAAUCGCAACAAUUACAAGAGUGUCCACCAUAUUGGGAUUCAUUGUUAUGUUGGCCAGCGACAACAAUUAAUACUAGUUCAAUACAACCAUGUUUCUCAGAAUUUAAUGGAAUUAAAUAUGAUGUUACAAAGAAUGCAAGUAAAUGGUGUCAUUUGAAUGGUACAUGGGAUCGUUAUACAAAUUAUUCAUCAUGUAAUGACGUCAUACGUAAUGCAAACAAUGAUAAUCAAGAAUUUGAUCCUGGUAUUGAAUUAACAAGUUAUAUAUAUUUUAUUGGCUAUACAAUAUCAUUAUUAGCAUUAACUAUAGCAAUUGCGAUAUUUUUAUACUUUAAAGAUUUGAAAUGUUUAAGGAAUACAAUACAUACAAACCUAAUGUUUGCAUAUAUAUUAGCUGAUUUUAUGUGGAUUUUAACAGUUAUAUUACAAUUCAACGUUCAAACCGAUUUGGCUUGGUGUGUCAUAUUGAUAAUACUUCUACAUUAUUUCCAUCUUACCAACUUUUUUUGGAUGUUUGUGGAAGGUCUUUAUUUGUACAUGCUAGUGGUUGAAACAUUUUACACGGAAAAUAUGAAAUUAAAAGUGUAUGCAGCCAUUGGAUGGGGUGGACCGGUGUUAUUUGUCGCUGCAUGGGCAACAGCCAAAUUUACUGUACCAAAGGAAAUCAUUGCGAAUGCAACCUCAUUCGACAAUAUUUAUACAUUAAAGCAUUGUCCAUGGAUGACACCACAUUCAUACGAUUGGAUCUAUCAAGCACCAGCAUUAAUUGUUUUAGCAGCAAAUUUGAUAUUUUUACUUAUGAUUAUGUGGGUGCUAAUUACCAAACUUAGAUCAGCUAAUAAUGUAGAAACACAACAAUAUCGUAAAGCAACCAAAGCAUUAGUUGUAUUAAUACCAUUAUUGGGUACAACAUAUAUUUUAGUCAUAUCUGGUCCAACAGAAGGUGUUUCUCGUAAUAUUUAUGAUGCGCUACGAGCAAUACUUUUAUCAACACAGGGUUUUUUAGUCGCAUUAUUUUAUUGUUUUUUGAACACUGAAGUUCAAAAUACAUUACGGCAUUAUAUUGGACGAUGGAAGGAAACACGAUCAUUGAAAGGUGGUCGUCGUAAUCGUUAUUAUAGUAAAGAUUGGUCACCCAGGUCACACACGGAAAGUAUACGGUUAUGUAUAAAUCCACCAACAAAACGUGAAUCGACCGCAUCAGAAACAACAACAACAACAUUAUUGGGUAAUUCAGCAAAUAAUUCUGGUCGUGUAUCAAAUGGUUCUGGUACACGAACAUAUUUACAACCGAAUGAUGAAUCAUUGGGUGAAUGAAAAUGGCUGCCGCUGGAUAGCCAGCGCCGAGAUACAUUAAAUACCUUACUCGAAGAGGAUGGUACAACACCACGUGAUGUGGUGAUUGCUGUUGACAACUCGGUGAUAAUAUCUAGCGGCACCAAAUCAAAUAUUUUAUUAUAAACGAAUUUUGUGUGCAAUUUACUGCGCGUGUGUGGUACAAACAUAGCACAAACAAGCGCAAAAGUUUUCAAUUGGAAUUCUGUUUUUAUAGAAAUUGUAAAAAUCCCUUCACAUCCUUCGAAUUUAUAUAAACACAACUCUGUUUUCAUAUAAAAAUAUCUAUAAUUUUAACUUACCAGCUUGGUUCAUUUUGUUGUCCAAUCCAGAGUUGAUUUCGGAAACCAAACCACAUGGAUUUCUAAGUCAAUAUACGGCGACUCAAGCAUUCGCUUUCCUUACUCUCACUUAUACCCCCCCCCCCUUCUGUUUACAAUAUGAUGGGUUUUAAGUUUUUGGUUCGAAACCCUAAUUUUUUGAAAAUAAAAUAAAGUCCCUGUUAUUCACCAAUAAUGUGCUUUCUACAACUGAAAGAAUUUUCACCCCGUCAGC